AUGUUGGUGUCUCCGCGAGGGUCGCGCCGUGCAGCGGGCGUGACGGCAGCGGCAGCGGAGCGUGGCUUACCUGCCCGCCCCGGCUCAGCGCAGCUGUCCGUCCCGUCAAAUCGCCAGCCGCCGCCCGGGGCACGCUCCGCAAACAUCGCGGGACAACCCGACAGGCACGCCCCGCCGGAAUACACCGCCCGACACGCUAAAAUCACGUCCUGCGGGGCGGAAACACGUCUGAUCCCCAUCCACAACCAUCCAAACAACAUCCCCUCCUACUACUGCCCAAACAACAGCUCCAUCCACAACUCUUGCAUCUACAGCCCCAUCCACUACCAUCCAAACAACAUCCCCUCCUACUACUGCCCAAACAACAGCUCCAUCCACAACUCUUGCAACUACAGCCCCAUCCACUACCAUCCAAACAACAGCCGAUACUACUACUGCCCAAACAACAUCCCCUCCCACUACUGCCCACACAACACCUCCGUCCACAACUCUUGCAACUACAGCCCUACCCACAACAAUCCAAACAGCCGAUACUACUACUGCCCAAACAACAGCUCUUGCAUCUACAGCCCCACCCACUACCAUCCAAACAACAGUCGAUACUACUACUGCCCAAACAACUGUCCAAUCUACAACUCUUGUUACAACAGCCCCAACCACAACCAUCCAAACAACAGUCCCUACUACUACUGCCCAAACAACAGCCCCAUCCACAACCAUCCAAACAAGAGCCGAUACCACUACUGUCCAGACAACUGUCGAAUCCACAACUCUUGCAACUACAGCCCCAUCCACAACCAUCCAAACAACAUCCCCUCCUACUACUGCCAAAACAACAGCUCCAUCCACGACUCUAUCAUCUACAGCCCCAUCCACUACCAUCCAAACAACAGUCCCUCCUACUACUGCCCAAACAACAGCUCCAUCCACAACUCUUGCAACUACAGCCCCAUCCACUACCAUCCAAACAACAGCCGAUACCACUACUGUCCAAACAACAGCUCCAUCCACAACUCUUGCAACUACAGCCCCAUCCACAACCAUCCAAACAACAUCCCCUCCUACUACUGCCCAAACAACAGCUCCAUCCACAACUCUUGGUACUACAGCCCUAUUCACGACCAGCCAAACAACAGUCCAAUCUACCCCAACAGCCCCUCCUACUACUGUCCAAAGAGUAAUUACAUCUACAACUCUUGA